GUAUCUGGAUGCAUAAUAAAUUAUGUUUUAUUGGAUUUUCACCUGAUUUAAACCAUGGUGGAAUCGUGGUUAGGUUAAAGCUUACACGCCUGGAACCACAAGUUGUCGCUUAUCGCCUGGAAACACUGCGGGGCGGAGAGGGCGCCGUGCCAACUGCCAACUGAAAUCUUGUGAUCCCCACCCAAGCGAAGCGGCCAAGCCCUUGUCACAGUCGCGGCGAGACAUGCUCCGGCGCGCCGCCUCCACGCUCAGCGGCCACGCGGCGGCGUGGUUGCGUCGCCACCCCCGUAGGCCGGCGCCGCCUACGCCCGCGCAACUGGGGAGCCACCACCCGCGAGCCCAGCUCCAACCCCGCCGCGGGCUCCCGCACCUGGGUGGCGCGCGGGGCUACCGGCGCAUGGCGCGGCGGGUCCCGCCCGCGAGGCCCGACGGGUACUCCACCUCCGACGGCGAGGUGGAGGAUGAGCCGGACGAGUUCGAGGACAUCCCGUCCUCGGGCGAGGAGGGCGACGACUCGGAGGGCACCGAGGUGGAGGGGUACAUGUUUAACUUCGGCGACCUCUUCGACGACGACGGCAAGAAGGAAGAGAAGGCCGCGGAUGGUGAGGGAGGGAAGUAGCGGGGCCGGAGCCGGAGCCAGCGGAUCCUGCUUCGCUGGGCCGCGCUCGACAGGUGCUCGUGGAAAUGCCUGUAAGGUGUCGCCGCGUCUAGCGUUAGUUUAGCCGAUCGUUGCUGUUGGAUUCUUGUUUGCUUCAAAUCCUUCUACCAAAAUGGCAUUUCGAUUUCAAAAGUAGUGGAAAAAUCUAUAACAGCGAUGUUUCGCUCGUUUGGCCGCUCGGUUGUGCCGUGCGUGCCUCCAAUUUUGAUGAACAAGUGUGUCCGUAAUCAGUCGAUGGCCUCUAAUUUUCCAUGAA